AUUUGCUUUCUUGAGAUCCAACCAUGCGUUCAUCUCUUUUGGUGGGUCUUUUUGGACUCAUCUACCUCACUGCUGUCAGUCUUGCAGCAAGUGCCUAUGGAAGUCGCCAUUUGUCCGCUUACAUUGUUGACUGGAAUAUUCCCAAGUCCAUUCCCUGGACUAAACUCGAUCAUGUCAUUUAUUCGUUUGCUAUUCCUAACAAAGACGGAAAACUUGGUGAUUUCGAUGCAAAUCAACUCAAGAAAGUUGUCAAGGAUGCUCAUGCUCACAAGAAAGGUGUCAGUCUUAGUAUUGGAGGUUGGAGCGGCUCUCUCUAUUUCAGUUCCCUCGUACGCACAUCUGCUUCCCGUGAAAAAUUCGCCAACAAUCUUGUUCAGGCCGUAAAGACCUACAACGUGAAUGGACUUGAUCUUGAUUGGGAAUAUCCUAACAACCCAGAUGGUGUUUCGUGUAAUGAAAAGAAUGCCAAUGAUACUCCAAACUACCUCAAGCUCAUCCAAUUACUCCGCAAGAAGUUGGAUGCCGCCUUCCCUAACGAACACAAGACAAUUUCGGCUGCGGUCAGCACUACCGUCUUUAGAGAUGGUAACCAGAAUCCUUACAAGAAACUUGCAUCCGGAUGGAAGAAUGCUCUCGAUUAUGUCAAUAUCAUGGCUUAUGAUCUUGCUGGCCCAUGGAACCCAAAGACCUCGUCCAAUUCUCCUCUUUACUCCAAGAAUGGUGAAGAAAGCAUCGAUUCUUCUGUCAAGCAAUGGGUCGCAGCCGGUAUUCCCAAGAACCGUAUUGUGGUCGGCGUUCCUUUCUACGGCUACACUGCCUUGACCACCAGCCCUGCUACAGCCAAGUCUGGCAUCAAGGUUGCUUACAAAAAGGGUACUCAGAUUAAGGGCGAUCAAUAUGACAGCAAGGGUGCCGAUCCUUGCAAGGGUGCAAAGAGCUCUUACUCUGGAGAUGUCUUGUGGAAAACAAUUGCCAGCAAGGGGAUCGUCCGAAGUGCUAGUGGAUGGAAGACCGUCUGGGACUCUACCAGUCAGACAUACUUUUCUUAUGCUGCCAAGACAAAGCAGUUCCUGACCUUUGAUGACCCAAGAUCUCUCCGUGCAAAGGCUACUUACGUACAGAAGAACAAAUUGGCCGGUGUCAUGCUUUGGUCCCUGGACAUGGACGAUUCCAAGAACAGUCUCUUGAACUCUCUUCAGGCCGUUCGUAGUUAGAGUAAAAUAAUUAGAAUUGGGAUUAAGAUCUAAUUGCACUCAAUACGCAUUACAUACAUUUAUAUACAGUGUAUGUGUAUGUGGGUUAAUUGGCUUAACUUAUUAAUUUAACAGCUCUAAUUAGUGGUUGCUUGAUGCACCUUUAAUUUAUUUAUUUUUUAUAUUAAAAAAAAAAGACGCAAAAUAACAUAUCAUUAAUUAACCACCC